CCAUUAGUCAAACUUUCGCAUCCUGCUGCUGGGGUCCAGAGAGUGAGACGAGAAUGAGCGCGGGUCGGAUCAUGGAAGGCGCGGGCUGCGUGACUUGGUGGGGUUUCGGACCAGCACGAGAUGUGCUCGGCGCAGGUACGGUGAGGGCGGAGGGGGAGCUGAAUGUGUUGCUCGUGGGCAGUGGAGACCCUAGACACAUCCUAAAGACCAUCGCAGGCCUGCGAGACACUGAUACGCUGCACGUUUGGGUGAUCGAGAACAGCAUGGAGGUUGUGGCGCGGCAACUGUUGCUGCUUUGGCUGUCGCUGACUGCUCCGGACAGCAUGAGCAUGCAUGAGAAGACGGAGGUGUUCCUCGAGGUGUUUGGGAACACCGAGAUUCGCUGUCAGACCGAAGAGACGGUCAAACAUGUUGCUGCUCUGCUUUUACUUUCUGUCACCAACACGAUCGACACACACACUCAAUCACACCCCUGCCUCGACACAAGCCUGCUCAAGUUUAAGGAGAGGGAUGAGCUCAUCCAGAUUUUCGCCCAGUGGCAGCAACCACCCUCCGCCACGGCCAACAUGGCUAAGGCCAGGGACGCCCGUGUCAGACGGCAUCUGGGCACCCGAUAUGACUCUCGCCUGGGCUCCUAUGACUGGGACCUCACUAUGAAGCUGCACCAGAAAGGGUGUGGAGUCAUACACAAGCAACAGUAUGCCAAAUGGAGGGAAAGGGGCCUGGCUUUUGAGAUGAGGGAGGGGUUAUACCAAAUAGCCAAUCAGAGUCUGCUGUCUACACGCGUGUUCAAUCAUAGAGGAGACAGGGUAGGACUGAGAGGUUACUGGGGAGACAUCGUUUCCAGCCCCUACCUGGCUUUUGGUAUUGAAACAGAGAAUAAAGAACUCCUGAAGACACAAAACAACCAGCAUGUUAAGAGUGCCCAGGAAAUCUCUGUAGCGAAUGUCCAGAUGCUGUUUGAAUCUCUUGCCAUUAGAGGGGGCCACCCCCACAAACAUCAGCUGGGUGGUAAGGGUGUGGACUUGGCAACCGGUGUUGAAACAGAGCCGUUCCAGAAGAAUCAGGACACCAUGGACAAUCAAAUGACAAAGGAAGAGACCCAAACAAUCAAACAGGCCUGUGGAAUACAUGCAGAAGUAAAGGAGCAACCAGAAACACCCUAUAAGGCCAAGGAUCUUGAGUUAAUGAAUCUGAAUGGAGUGAGAGUGUCAUUCCUGUCUCUGGACUCCCUGUCCAAACUGCCCACCAAAGGCCAAUUCAGCCAGCGGUUCAACAGCCUCUACUGCUCAGCCAGUAUGGUUCACCAUUUAGAUUCUUCACUGAAGCAAGUAGCAGCCCCAGGUGCUCUGCUUAUGAUUGAACUCACCAAGUAUCUGUUGGACUUGUCUAAGGAGCAGGAAGCUGCUUUUACAGCAAGAGUUGGAGAAAUUGCCAAAGACCUAGGAUUCAUAUCGGCCCGAGACAGCAGCGAUAACUCGUACGCUGUGUUCACACUGCAGGAUGACUGACAGGAUCCCCACACACCACCAGGACCUCACACACAUGCACCUCACUCCAGGCUACACAGCCCAAUCAUCCAGCUGUGAAAUCAGUAUUUGUGGGCAUGUGGCUUAUAGAAGUUCAAACAAGCAAACAAGAGUUAUACAAGCUCUUUACACCAUUUCAUUUACAUUUACACCAAGUGGCCUGUAAACACAAUGUAAUGAAGAAACAGACAUAGCCUGUUUGGGGUAAAUAUUUUUGUUUUAAUAUGUAUAUAGUUAGCAACCGUUCUUCACCCAUUUUAUUUCACAUAUUAGAAGCCCAUAGUUGAAAACUGUAAAAUGUAGUUUUUUUGCUGUGAGCAUGGUGACUUCCAGCGACCCUGACCCUGCCUUUGCUGCUGGUGCCUUUCUUACUGUAAACGGGAAAAGGAAUUGGUAAAGUAGCAUUACUGUAUUGUAUCCUUUAUUGUAUGCAGAAUACAAACGUGUCCUACACA